AUGAAUCUGAGUGGGAAUAAACUAGGAGACUCAGGAGUGAAACACAUCUGCACCCUACUGAAAAAUCCAAACUGUAAACUCCAGAAACUGCUACUUUCAGACUGUAGUAUAACAGGUGAAGGAUAUGCAGCUCUGCCUUCAGCUCUUAAAUCAAACCCCUCACACCUGAUAGAGCUGGAUCUGAGAGGGAAUGACCCUGGAGACUCAGGAGUGAAGCUGGUCACUGAUUUACUAAAUUUACUUAAUAAUACCGAGUGUAAACUGAAGACACUGAGACUGACAUGUGAUGCUGCAGAGAAAGCCUGUGAUUAUCUGACUUCAGUUCUCAGUAAAAACCCCUUACUCCUGACAGAGCUGGAUCUGAGUGAGAAGAAACCAGGAGACUCAGGAGUGAAGAAGUUCUGUGCUCUUCUGGAGGAUUCACACUGCAAAGUGAAGAAACUGAAACUUAAUGGCAGCAAUAUAACAGAAGAAGGCUGUGCUGCUCUGACUUCAGCUCUGACAUCAAACCCCUCACACCUGAUAGAGCUGAAUCUGAGUGGGAAUAAACUAGGAGAAGCAGGAGCAAAACACAUCUCAACUCUCCUGAAGAAUUCAAACUGUAAACUACAGAGACUAUUACUUUCAGACUGUAGUAUAACAGGUGAAGGAUAUGCAGCUUUGGCUUCAGCUCUUAAAUCAAACCCCUCACACCUGAUAGAGCUGGACCUGAGAGGAAAUGACCCUGGAGACUCAGGAGUGAAGCAGCUCACUGAUUUACAGAAGGAUCUAAAAUGUAAACUGAGGCUUAAUAACAGCAGUAUAACAGAAAAAGGCUGCAAAGAUCUGACUUUGGCUCUGACAUCAAACCCCUCACACCUGACAGAGCUGAAUCUGAGUGGGAAUAAAUUAGGAGACUCAGGAGCAACAGAGAUCUCAGGUCUACUGGAGAAUAAAAACUGUAAACUACAGAGACUGCUGUUAAAUGACAACAGUAUAACAGAAAAAGGCUGUGUUGCUCUGACUUCAGCUCUGACAAAAAACCCUUCACACCUGAUAGAACUGAAUCUGAGUGGGAAUAAACUAGGAGACUCAGGAGCGAUGGAUAUCUCAGGUCUACUGGAGAACAAAAACUGUAAACUCCAGAGACUGCUGUUAAAUAACAGCAACAUAACAGAAGAAGGCUGUGCUGCUCUGAGUUCAGCUCUGACAUCAAACCCCUCACACCUGAUAGAGCUGAAUCUGAGUGGGAAUAAACUAGGAGACUCAGGAGCGAAGCGCAUCUCUGAUCUACUGCAGAACAAAAACUGUAAACUCCAGAGACUGCUGCUUAAUAGCUGCAGUAUAACAGAAGAAGGCUGUUCUGUCCUGGUUUCAGCUCUGACAUCAAAUCCCUCACACCUGAUAGAGCUGAAUCUGAGUGGGAAUAAACUAGGAGACUCAGGAGUGAAGCACAUCUCUGCCUUACUACAGAAUCCACACUGUAAACUCCAGAGACUGGAGUGA